ACAAAACAGAACGAAGGAGGCCUGAUAUUUGUGAUUAAAUGAGAAUAAAAAUAAAUUAAAGGACGAAAUCAUGCAGCAGGGAAAGGACAUGAGGCGCACAGGAGUCUAUCGUGUGAGUGGGAAUAUGGGGGAUCUGCAAUUGGAACUGAAGCUGCGGCACAUCAGUGAAUGGCUGCCGGUGCCCAAGUUCGAGUACGUGGGUGCUCAGUCCGCCAGCGGACAUGGUGACCACCACGACCAUUAUCCCAGAUCGGAGGGGGAAAUCUGGCAGGAUUGCUUAAUCCACGUGCCACAAGGCGUUGACUCCUAUGGUGGAGCAAAUCGCUUGGGCUACUACUGCAGUUAUUACAAUAUGGGAAAUGCUGGGAAUUUUGGAAAUCAAAUGUUAAGACGAAGGAGUCCCAUUUCCCAGACGAGAGAGGAAGAAGGAGUCGAGGAUGCAGAGGAUCCCGAUCCCGAUCCCGAUCCCGCUCCCGCUCCCGUUACCGAUUCUGAGUCGCAAAGUAAUCCCUCGUGGAGCAUCUUCAGUGAAAACAGUCGACUUGGCGGCGAUCUCUUCUACGAACGAAAUAAGGAGCUCUGCAAUGGUGGCAUAGCCACCAUACGCAUAUCCUGGCAGCAAAAGCACUUCAGUCGGGCCGAACUGGAACGCCAUAAGCCCGAUCCCGGAGGAUGUGCCUCGAAGCUCCAGCGUCGCUAUCACAAUUGGGCCCUGGAAACUCUGGAGCUGCAACAGCAAUAUCUGCGGAAACUGGAGAACCAGGAGAACGAGAAUACGGAACCCGUAACCCGAGUGCGUCGCAGGGUGCGUAAAUCGAAGUGCAGGCAGAAAUCGGCAGUGUCUUUGGUCCCUCUGGGCAUCGUUUCCAAUGCCCUGUCCUCCGCCAACAUGUCAGAUAUCUCGCAACACUGUGAUCCCAACUUUGCGGCCAGAACUUGUCUUAUUCACACGGUGGUUGACGGCGAUGCGGAGGACAUAAUGCCGGAGGAAGCUAGAAAUCUGCAUGAGAAAGGCUACCAACUAAUGUACAUCUAUGCCGAUCUGCAGCAGGACACUCUGUUGGUGAGCCUGCAGUAUGAUCCGGAGCAGGGUCUGCUGUAUGUGUACCCCGAUUUCAGUGGCUCUGCCCAGGAUUUGGACUAUGUGCUGCGGAUCGAGCGGGAUAACGACUGUCGGCAAUUGUAUGCCUAUGGUUUCGAGAAUGCCACGCCACUGGAGGUGCUGAAAGAGGAUCUAUUUCUGGAGCAGGAGCAGGAUGCAGAGCUGGCAGAUGACAAUUCCGAGGUGGAGCUGCCCGCAGAGGCCUCCGCCCUGGAGAUCUUGGAGUACUAUCACGAGCGGCGGGCAGCGUCCAGCGAAAGGCGUAAUCUGCUGCAAUUCGAGAUGCCGCCGAAGAGGAUGAGGAGGGUGUCCCUGCUGCUGGAACUGCAGGAGGCGCAGCACUUCGAGAACCCCAACAUCCAUGUGCGGUACUACCUGAAACCACCGGCAAAUACCCUGUGGGAAGCUGCGCCCGGCGAGGAUCCCAUGCAGGGAGCCACGGCCACCUGCAGGAAUGCCGGCGACUGGAGGACUGCCCACCUGGGACACUGCUGGCAGGUAACGCUGCUCUGCGAGGAGCAACACCAGCCCACUGACCUCCUGCAUCUCUACUUCGAGGUGGUCAGCAUCGAUGGCUGGCAAAGGGAGCGAUGCGAGGGUUACGCCCACUAUGCCAUCUCGCUGACAACCCCGUCGAGCUGCGAUUCCAUGCGGCUGCAGUGCAUCCGACCGCUGGGCACCUGGCUAGAUGCCCUCAAUCGCUACUUCAUUGGCGGUCGUCAGCUCUUCGACUUUGUGUCCUACUUCGAUGUGCACGAACAGUACGACCUGCACUCCCGCAUGGAUGACAAUGCGGGUGCCGAGAUGGCCAUGACCACGACCGGCUCUCUGCUGCUCCGGCUGCAGAAGCUGCAGCAGCGGCAGGUCGAGCCCGCCAGUCAGCUGCACUUCCAUCUGGAUCUGGGGGAUAGCAGCGAUGACAACGAUGACGAUGAGGGGGACAAGUCCGGCUCGAAUGCGGAUACAUCCAGGGCAACCACUUUGGACGAGGUGAUGGCCGCCUAUGUGGAGGCCAGGGAGCGGAUCGAAUCGCUGCUGGAGGCCCGUUGAUCGGAUCCAAGGCUGGCGCAUAGAAAUCGACAAUGCGAGCAAUAGAAAUCGGAACUCGAUAAGUGGGGACCAACAGAGGCGAGU